CAUGAACAAACACAGAGUAUAUUAUUAACAGAUCACCAGACCACAUUUCACGUUGGGUUUUCUGGCUGGUAACCCAUGGAGGUGACUCAGGAAGUUAACAGAGACACCAAGGUCUGGUCUGUUCCUGCAUAACGAAUAGUCAGAAAAGAUUCCUUGAAGCUGUCUUGUAUGGCAGUCUAAGAAAACUGUUCACACAGGUGCUGACAGUGGUGCAGAUAUACUGCCGUGGAACUCUGCUUGGUGUGCUGAGAACUUUUUGGAGAAGAUUAGAAGUCCAAAUUGCACAAAUAACUCCUGGUAGCCAAGAAAGCUUUGAUCUUGAUAAUGACUGGAUGCCAUGGCCAGAAGCUGUAGGUCACAGGAUUCAUACAAGAAACAAGGAAUCAAGCUGUUCAGUGCAAAUACAGCGUGAGCCACAGACCUUGCUGACUUGACUGUGUGUUUACAAUAGUAUAAACUUCUUCAGUGUAGUACAUGUGGAAAGGAGACUUCAUUUGGAUUUGGCAAUGGAACAAAAGCAUUUGCGUAUCUGGACUGAAUCUCGUAAAAUCACUGAGCAUCCUGGGCUGGGAAGAACAUGAGGAUCACAGAGUCCAACUCCCGGCUCCACACAGGACAACCUAAGAACGAAGCCAGGUAUUGAAGAGCAUUAUCCAAAUGCUUCUUGAAUGCUAACAGGUUUGUGGCUAUGGCCACCCUCUCACUGAAGAAUAUAAUUGCUAAUGAGUUUCCCAAACUGGCUAUGGCACUAAGGCUCAGUGCAGCAGAGCUGACUCAGUCAAAUACUCUGCAUUUCUUCAAAACCUGAGUGCUUUAAAGCUGACUUUUCUGCUUAUUAACAAAUAAGGAGUGGUUCUUCCUACUUGAACCUUCCACCACAAAUCUCAUUCUCUGAAGUAAGAGAGACACUUCUGUGUUUUGCUUUUUGAGAGACUUUAAUGAAUGAACAGUAAUUAACUGUCACUUCAAUGCGAAGUAGUAAAUGAAGGAUGUAGCUUUCUUUGGAUUACUGCCAGGUUGGGGUGGUAGGAAGUGACAGAUGAAGCCAGGCCAUGAUUCCUCAUAGAGAGUAAGAAACGUGUGGAGUUUCCUUCUGAGCAUGAGAAACUCAGAGUUCUUCCAUGCUACAAGAAAGCUGUUCACUGUGUGACAGUCCUACUGACUUGGACAUUGUGAAGACUGGUUUUAAGCAGGCUUGGUGAUUAUUCAUUUUGAAGGAGCAGAACGGGAUAUGAUCGCAACGGCACGGUUUUUCCUGAUGACUUUGCUUCUAUACAAGCAGGUUCCUGCUGUCCUGUAGGAGCAGGAGAACAGUUUGUGGAGUACAUGUGCAGACAAAGCCGCUGUGAUCCACAAGGCUGCUGGGUCCCAGAGCGCCAACCUGCCCUGCUAUGCAGGCCUAUCAAAGCACCUCAGCUCAAAGCUCAGUGUUGUGAGCAGCUUCUGAUGUCGGACAAAGCACAGCCUGAAUCACGGGAUUGCAGGGGUUGGGAAGAACCUCAAAGUCAUCGAGUCCAACCCCUGCCGAGGCACAAUCGGUCUCACAGGCUGGCGUGCAGCUGGGCCUAGGAUGCCUCCAUAGGAGCCUUCACAGCCACUCUGGGCAUCUCGUGCCUUAGCGCAACCUCUCAGCCAUGAUGAUUCCACCAUCUGCAACACCUCCUGUCAGCGAUGCUGCACUUUUGCCAAGUGUGGCUUCUCAGGAAACGUGGAGGUCACAGGUUCCAGGCUAUCCUGGGUCAGUCACACAGCACCUAAGUCACCGGGCUAAUAACUUCAAGAGACAUCCGAAAAGGAGAAAAUUCAUCCGCCCUUCACCACCGCCACCACCAAAUACUCCGUGUCCUACUGACUUGAUUGGCUUUGGGGAUCUCCAGCCUCAGAGAUCUUUCCUGGAACUCCUGUUUAAUGGGUGUAUUCUCUUUGGGCUUGAGUUUAGCUAUGCCAUGGAAACAGCCUAUGUUACACCUGUGUUGCUUCAGAUGGGGCUGCCAGACCAGCUGUACGGAAUGGUGUGGUUCAUCAGCCCCAUACUAGGGUUCCUGCUGCAGCCUUUUCUGGGGGCCUGGAGUGACAGAUGCACAUCAAGAUUUGGCAGGAGAAGACCUUUCAUUCUGGUCUUAGCAGUAGGUGCAUUGCUCGGGCUCUCACUUAUGCUGAAUGGCAGAGAUAUUGGGAGUGCCUUGUCUGACACUGUGAAUAACCACAAAUGGGGGAUCGUUCUUACAGUCUGUGGUGUUGUCCUCAUGGACUUCAGUGCAGAUUCAGCAGACAAUCCCAGCCAUGCCUAUAUGAUGGAUGUAUGCAGCCCAGUGGAUCAAGACAGGGGCCUCAACAUCCAUGCUUUGUUAGCAGGUCUUGGAGGUGGCUUUGGUUAUGUUAUUGGAGGAAUACAUUGGGAUAAAACCAGUUUUGGAAAAGCUGUGGGAGGGCAACUGCGUGUCAUCUAUGUCUUCACAUCAAUAAUACUGACUAUCACUACUGUGCUGACUCUAAUUAGCAUUCCAGAAAGACCCCUAGGGUCCUUUAGCAGGAAGAAAAAGGUGAUGAAGAGUCCAAGUCUUCCUCUCCCUCCUUCUCCACCUCUCUUUGAAGAGGGUGUAAGUGAAAACUUUGCUUCUCGUAACUCAGCUCACUUGUAUGCAAGUUUUACAAGCCCCGUUUCUCCCCUCAGCCCACUCACACCUAAGUAUGGCAGUUUUGUCAGCAGAGACAAUUCCUUGACAGGAAUUAACGAAUUUGCAUCGUCAUUUGGGACUUCAAAUAUUGACAGUGUGCUUAUAGACUGUUUUACAGGUGGGCACAGUAGUUACUUAGCACUUCCAUCUAGCUUGCCCAGGCAGCCUGUCAGUGUCAGCUUUCCUCGGGUGCCAGAUGGUUGUUACCAACAAGAAAAUGGAAUUCUGGAGCAAGGGGAGAGGAGCAUAACUGCGGGUCCAGAUGGAGAGGCACUGAGGGUGGGCUCCUUGGAUGCCAUAAAGCCACGGUCGUCGGGCAUCCUGAAAAGACCUCAGAGCUUGGCCAUUCCAGAUAUCGUAACAGGACAUUGUCCAGACAGUAGCAGAAGAAGAAAUGUAACUUUCAGCCAACAGGUUGCUAAUAUCCUGCUGGAUGGUGUUAAGUAUGAGAGUGAGUUGAAUGGAUCAGGUGAGACCUCCGAGCAACCACUCUCCAUGAGACUUCUUUGCUCAACCAUCUGCCACAUGCCCAGGGCUCUUCGUAACCUCUGCAUCAACCACUUCCUAGGAUGGCUCUCAUUCGAGGGGAUGUUGCUCUUCUACACUGACUUCAUGGGAGAAGUAGUGUUUGAAGGGAAUCCAAAAGCCCCUCACAACUCAGUUGAGUAUCAGAAGUACAACGCUGGGGUCACCAUGGGCUGCUGGGGAAUGUGCAUCUAUGCAUUCAGUGCUGCUUUCUAUUCAGCUGCACUGGAGAAGCUGGAGGAGCGGUUCAGCACACGGACGCUGUACUUCAUUGCAUAUUUGGCCUUUGGGCUGGGCACAGGGCUGGCCACGCUCUCCAGAAACAUCUAUGUAGUCCUGUCACUGUGCACAACCUAUGGCAUUCUCUUUGCCACGCUCUGCACGCUGCCCUACUCCCUACUCUGCGACUACUACCAGAGCUGUGAGUUUGCAGGCUCGCACACGGAGGGCACACGGCGUGGGAUGGGUGUUGACAUCUCCCUGCUCAGCUGCCAGUACUUCUUGGCGCAGAUCCUGGUGGCCCUGGCCAUGGGGCCACUGACGACAGCUGUGGGCAGCGCCAGCGGCACCAUGUACUUUGCCAGCCUGGUGUCCUUCCUGGGCUGCCUCUUCUCCUCUCUCUGUGUCAUCUAUGAGCCAACCCUGUCUGCUGAGGAGCUGCCACCCAACGAGGAGCGAAGCCCGCUCCUUCCCUAUGUGCAGGACCAAUAAAUGGGAGAAGCUGCUGCAUCCUUGGCUACCUCACUUGCACCAUUCUUGUCCUCAAUCGUCAUGGUAAGGUGUGCCCUUAGGAUGGCAACGACUGGAGGUGGGCUGUGGGUGACUGUGCUGGCAGUGGGCACGGGAAGCCACAGAAAAGGUGUGUGCCAGUUUCACUGAACUUUCCCCUGCCUGCAGGAGGGCAGUGCCUGGCACUGUGCAUCUUUCACAAGUUGGUAAAGGCUGAUCUAUGUUUCCAGGACUUGUGGUCACAGCAGUGGGAACCAUUGGUGGCAGUGUGGGACCUUCCCUCCAACUGCCAUACAGUGCCAUUUUUCCUCGGGGGAACAAUGUUUCUUUGACCUGAGGUGGGGGACCCAGAAGACCAGUGCUCAGGCAGGUGGAUCCCGAUUCCUCGGGUGGCAGUGAGACGUGGGGCUCCGUUGCUGUGGGAGGACCAGGGCUGCGGUGUGCCACCAGCUUUGCGAGCAGAAGUUGCCUGGCCCUUGGUUAUUGAGGGCUACAACUCCUACUCCCUACUCAGGGAGCACUGAGGGAACACGUGGGUCUCACCUACCGCGUGUUAGACCUGACCCUGACCUGGCUUUUCAGAACUUCGGAGCAUAAUGCAAGUACUCUGAAGGCCCAUGGCUGGGCUUCCGUGUGCACCGAGCUCCAGCCAGCAGAACUGCUCCAAGGAGCUGCUGUGGGAUGCGACUGGCUCCAAACCCUGCUCUGUAAGUUCUGACUGUGGUCCACAGUGAUGGUUCCUGAUCUGCGCGUAGUCCUACGUUAGGCUUUGACACUGUAAUGGCUUAUGUUGAGUUAGCAGGAUGGGUAGGAGGGGGUUUUGUGAGCCAAGUUUCCUUGGGUAGAAGUUUAUUCUCCCAAUUAGGUUAAGAAUAUAAGAGAAAUCAUUUAUGUGAAAGCCAGAAGCCACUGGCACAUCAUCCCUAUGUUUCGUACAGUUGUACCUUCUGACAUUUUAAAAUUUGCUUAGGAAGUAGUGAUUUGUCAGCUGGAGCUACACCUGCAUACCUCUGUGAAACUGCUGAGACUUAUUACUUGGACUGGAGGUGUUUUGCUACCUGUGGAAACUCUUAAUUAUUCUGGCUAUGGAAGGUAGUAAAUGCCUGAGUUCUUACACAAUUUGUAGGUAAUCUCUACAGUCUUUCAAUUGAAGAACAAAAGUGAAAACAUGUAAGCUAGAACCACUUACAGGAUUCUUGUCAGUCUGCGUUCAUAUUCAAGUAGGAUGCAAAAGUUCCCCAUGGCAGAAGAGCAUUCUAGUGCUCAGGAGUACUGUGCAGGCACCCCUUUAGAGGCUCUUUUUGUUCUUAUCUAGUAGGGACAGAGGCAGCAGUUUUUCUGGAAAUCCAUUCCUUUUUCAGUGAGUUUUCUUGACUGUUCACCUAAGUUUAUUUUUAUGCGUGUUGUGCAAAAUCAAGAUGAAAUAACUUGCAUAAUCUUUAGCUGUUGUGGUGCACUAUAGUGCUUAAAACAAUGUACAGUGUGUAAGAACUUUCCAUUUUUACUAUCAGCUCCCCGCUUUUUUUUGUGAUCAGUUCUAUGCUAUUUGGUGUUUACUUCCCUGGAGGAACGCUUCUGAAGUUAUGAAGCCAAGCAUUCAGAGACAGAGGGUGUCAGACUGAUGACUGUUCACCUUGACCCCAUCUAUUCUGGCUUGGAAAGCAUGGCUCCCUGCCACACCUGCAGGAACACCUGUGUCAUGCAGCUUUCAUUAUGGGACAUCUUAUCCCAGGAAUGUUUGGGAUGAAACUGGACCUGGUGUAUGAGCAGCACAUUUGGCACUUCUGAGUGCCUCAUUUCCAACAAUCUAAAGAGAUGACUGUGGAAAUUUUUUUGGUCUGCUGUGUAACCUUCAAUUCUUUGUCUUAGCAAACUUAUGAACUCAAAAAUGUUUUGUUCCUAUUGAAGGGGUGUUUAGUUCUCAAAAUGUUUUCUCCUUCUAAGUUUUGUAGACAGUAUUGCUGCACUGAGUGGAUUGUGAACGCUUUCCUUUUCUACAUAGCUGGGAUUUCAGAUGAUUUUGUUGCAAACAAGGAUGUUUAAAGAGAAAAACAGUAGAAGGAAAAAAAAAAAAAACCAAUGUAUUUAUCAAGCUGUAUGUCAAUAUGUAUAUAUCAUUGUAUUUUCCAGCACUGGAACAGGCUCCUCAGAGCAGUGGUCACAGCCCAACUGAGGGAGUUCAACAAGCAGCUGGACAGUGCUCUCAGACAAAAUGUUUGAAUUUCAGGUGGUGCUGUGCAGAGCCAAGGGUUGGACUGAAGGAUCCUUGUGGGUUUCUUCCAACCUGGGAUAUUCUGUUAUAUUUGAUGGUCACGUUUGUUGCUCCUCCCUCUGUAAAUAAGAGUAGGAAAUACAUCUACAUACAGUUAUAAAACUAUUGCUAUGCUGAAGUGCAUUGCACAGCUGAAUAUAUAUAACAUUUUCUAUUUUAAACUCAACAUCAGUGUGUCUUAAUUUGGGUAUGCAUUAGUUGUUGGUGUCCAUGAUGCAGAAUUCCUUGGAAGUUGCACUAAAUCCAUAAAAACAAAACAACAACAAAACCAGGAAUUACUUAUUUGCUUGUUCUCCUCCUUUGUCAUACAUGCUGUGUUUUACAGAGAUUACUGUGUGGUCACUGCUGAACUGAGCUGCAAUACGAUGUUUACUUUUUGGAAUGUACUCUUUAAAUUGUCUAAAUCUGUGGGCUGCUGGUAGAAGGAAGAGGGAAGAGUUGAGGAAAGAAAGCGAUAUCAUGCUGUGCCAUAGUUUAGACUUUAUAAAGUUUAAUGAUAAUGACUUAAUAAAAAUUAAAGGUUGCUUAAUGGAA